CUGUAAAACACUGGAACACUUGCAGAUAAUUUCUCUACUUGAUAAUACCUUUCCUUGCGUUUUACUAACUCAGUGAACACUGUCAGAAUCCUCCAAAUUACAACAAGAUAAAAAAUAAAUCCCAGCACAUGCUACUAUGAUUUCUUUUCUCAGCGGAUAAUGGAUAGAAUGGAAUAUUCACUUCAGUAAAGUAAUCACGGGCAGGCAGUUCAGAGCAUUCUGCUCCAGAAGAGCAAAGAGUAGCCCAGAUGUUCUCUUCCCCUCUGCUUAUCACUGAGCCAAAAGUACAGUCAUCUCUCUUUUUUUUUUAGUACCACUGGCAUCAAAAAAUACGUACUCUUUCAUCUCUGUGCUCAACAGAACUUGAAACAGAACCUUAGAAGACCAGCUCCUCACAUAAGCAUGAAGUACUCUGAAAACCCUUACGUGAUGGAGGUGGCCUUGUGAAGACCCUAGCUGUGAAGGUCUCCCAGGCUGUGUUGUGAAAGGUGCUGUGGGCAGACCCACAGGCGAUGCUGCGGUGGUCCUCGUGUGUCCUAGUGCGACCAGUGACAACAGUGACAGAUACUUGAUGCUUGGGAUGACGUUGUGCCGUACUUUAAAACAGAGCCAGGCCUUCCACAGAUCCACUUGGAAGGGAACCGCCUCGUGCUCACUUGCCUUGCGGAAGGGAGCUGGCCUUUGGAGUUCAAGUGGACGCACAACGACAGUGAGCUCACCACCUACACCAGCGAAUAUAAGUACGUUAUUCCAUCUUUGCAAAGGCUGGAUGCCGGGUUUUACCGCUGCGUUGUUCGAAACAGAAUGGGAGCACUCUUGCAAAGAAGAUCAGAAGUUCAAGUCGCAUAUAUGGGAGACUUCACGGAUGCAGACGAGAGACGAGUGGUCUCGGAAGGCCGCGCGGCCGUCCUCAGCCUGCCGCCCAUCAGCAGCUGCCCCCGGCCCCAGGUGACGUGGUUCCGGGAGGGGCACAAGAUUAUCCCCAGCAGCAGGAUAGCCAUCUCACUGGAGAACCAGCUGGUGAUCCUGGCGGCGGCGGCCAGCGACGCGGGGGCCUACUACGUGCAGGCAGUCAACGAGAGAAACGGGGAGAACAGGACCAGCCCGCCUGUGCACCUGAGCGUAGCCAGAGACGCCGGCACGCCUGAAGCCAUGGCCCCCGUCAUUGUGGUCCCCCCGAGCAACAGGAGUGUGGUGGCCGGGUCCAGCGAGACCACCUUGGAGUGCAUCGCCAACGCCAGGCCCGUCGAGGAGCUGAGUGUGACCUGGAAGAGAAAUGGGAUGAGGGUCACCAGUGGGCUCCACGGCUUUGGGAGGCGCCUCACCAUCAGCAACCCGACCUCCUCGGACACUGGAGUGUACGUCUGCGAGGCGGCUCUGCCAGGCAGCGCUUUCGAGCCCGCCAGAGCCAAAGCCUUCCUUUCUAUCAUAGAGCCACCGUAUUUUACUGCGGAACCCGAGAGUCGGAUAUCAGCGGAGGUGGAAGAAAACGUGGACAUCGUGUGUGAAGCCAUGGGGGUCCCUCCUCCCACCCUCCAGUGGUUCAAGGAUGCCAUCUCCAUCAACAAGCUCCGGAACCCUCGGUACCAACUGCUAGCUGGCGGAGGCCUACGCGUCCGGCAGCUGCGUCCAGAGGACUCGGGGAUCUUCCAGUGCCUGGCCAGCAACACAGGCGGGGAGGUCCAGACCCACACCUACCUGGACGUCACCAAUGUGGCCCCAGCCUUCACCCAGCUCCCGGUGGACACCACGGUGACCGACGGGACGACAGCCGUGCUCAGGUGUGAAGUGUCCGGGGCUCCCAGGCCGGCCAUCGUGUGGAGGAGAGGAAACCACGUUCUGGCCAGUGGCUCUGUGCGGAUCCCCAGGUUCAUGCUCCUGGAGUCUGGGGGUCUGCAGAUCGCCCCGGUCUUCAUCCAGGAUGCUGGCAACUACACCUGCCAUGCCGCCAACUCAGAGGGCUCCCUGAACGCAUCUGCCACGCUCACCGUGUGGAAUCGAACAUCCAUCGUGACCCCUCCGGAGGACCGCGUGGUGAUCAAGGGGACCACGGCCACGCUGCACUGCGGAGCCACCCACGACCCACGCAUUUCUCUCCGCUACGUGUGGAAGAAGGACAACGUGGUCAUCGCCCCAUCCAGCAGCUCCAGGGUCGUGGUGGAGAAAGACGGGUCCCUCCUCAUCAGCCAGACGUGGUCCGGCGACAUCGGGGACUACACGUGCGGCGUGGUCUCCGAGGGUGGGAACGACUCCAGGACAGCGCGCCUGGAGGUGAUUGAGCUGCCUCAUUCACCCCAGAACCUCGUGGCCAGCCUGAACCCUGCCCACGGCCACGCCGUGGUGCUCUCCUGGGUCCGACCCUUCGACGGGAACAGCCCUGUUCUUUACUACAUCGUGGAGCUGUCCGAGAACAACUCUCCCUGGAAAGUGCAUCUGUCAGACGUCGGCCCCGAGAUGACGGGCGUCACGGUGCGCGGCCUGACCCCGGCUCGCACCUACCAAUUCCGAGUGUGCGCCGUGAACCAGGUGGGCAAGGGCCAGUACAGCGCGGAGACCAGCAGACUGAUGCUCCCCGAGGAGCCACCCAGCGCUCCCCCGAAAAACAUAGUGGCCAGUGGGCGCACCAAUCAGUCCAUCAUGGUCCAGUGGCAGCCGCCCCCAGAGACGGAGCACAAUGGGGUGCUCCGUGGAUACAUCCUCAGGUACCGCCUGGCCGGCCUGCCCGGGGAGUACCAGCAGAGGAACAUCAGCAGCCCCGAGGUCAGCUACUGCCUGGUGACCGAGCUCAUCAUCUGGACCCAGUACGAGAUACAGGUGGCUGCCUAUAACGGAGCCGGCCUGGGCGUCUUCAGCAGAGCCGUGACUGAGUACACCCUGCAAGGAGUGCCGACCGCACCCCCGCAGAACGUGCAGGUGGAAGCCGUGAACUCCACGACCAUCCAGUUCCUGUGGAACCCUCCACCUCAGCAGUUCAUCAACGGCAUCAACCAGGGAUACAAGCUUCUGGCUUGGCCGGACGAUGUCCCUGAAGCUGUCACUGUCGUCACCAUCGCUCCAGAUUUCCACGGAGUCCACCAUGGGUACAUCACCAACCUGAAGAAGUUUACCGCUUACUUCACGUCAGUUCUGUGCUUCACCACCCCCGGGGACGGGCCCCCGAGCACGCCACAGCUCAUAUGGACGCAUGAAGACAAACCAGGAGCUGUGGGCCACCUGAGUUUCACAGAGAUUCUGGACACAUCUCUCAAGGUCAGCUGGCAGGAGCCCCUGGAGAAAAAUGGCAUCAUUACAGGCUAUCAGGUCUCCUGGGAGGUGUACGGGCAGAGCGCCUCGCGGCUCACACUCACCCUCAACAGCUCGACGCUCGAGUACAAGAUCCAGGGGCUGUCCUCCCUCACCACCUACACCAUCGACGUGGCGGCCGUCACCGCCGCGGGCGCCGGCGUGCCCACCUCGUCCACCAUCUCUUCCGGGGUGCCCCCAGAACUUCCUGGUGCCCCAUCCAAUCUGGUCAUUUCCAACAUCAGCCCCCGCUCGGCCACGCUCCAGUUCCGACCGGGGUAUGACGGGAAGACGGCCAUCUCCAGGUGGAUCGUGCAGGGACAGGUUGGAGCGAUCGGGGACGAGGAGGAGUGGGUCACCCUCUGCGAGGAGGAGAACGAGCCGGACGCCCAGACGCUGGAGAUCCCGGACCUCACGCCCUACACUCACUACCGGUUCCGAAUGAGGCAGGUGAACGUCGUCGGCGCCGGGCCCUUCAGUCAGUCCUCGCGGGUCAUCCAGACGCUACAGGCGCCCCCGGACGUGGCCCCCACCAGCAUCACCGUCCGCACUGCCAGCGAGACCAGCCUGCGGCUCCGCUGGGUGCCACUGCCGGACUCGCGGUACAACGGGAACCCAGAGUCCGUGGGCUACAGGGUUAAGUACUGGCGCCCGGACCUACCCUCUGUGGUGCUGGCCCAAGUCAUCAGUGACCGGCUGGAGCGGGAGUUCACGGUCGAGGGGCUGGAGGAGUGGACGGAGUAUGAGCUGCAGAUGCAGGCCUUCAACGCCAUCGGCGCCGGGCCCUGGAGUGCGGCCGUGCGGGGCCGGACCCGGGAGUCGGUUCCUUCAGCCGCCCCUGAAAACGUGUCAGCCGAGGCCGUCAGCUCCACCCAGAUCUUACUGACGUGGGCCUCAGUCCCCGAACCGGACCAGAACGGGCUCAUCCUGGGCUACAAGAUCCUGUUCCGGGCCAGAGACCUGGACCCCGAGCCCCGGAGCCACGUGGUGCGCGGGAACCACACGCAGUCGGCGCUGCUGGCGGGCCUGGGCAAGUUCGUGCUCUACGAGCUCCAGGUGCUGGCCUUCACCCGCAUCGGGAACGGGGUCCCCAGCACGCCCCCCAUCCUGGAACGCACCAAAGACGACGCCCCAGGCCCGCCUGUGAGGCUCGUGUUCCCGGAGGUGAGGCUCACAUCUGUGCGGAUCGUGUGGCAGCCUCCAGAGGAGCCCAACGGCAUUAUUCUAGGCUACCAGAUCGCCUACCGCCUGGCCAGCAGCAGCCCCAACACCUUCACCACUGUGGAGGUCGGCGCCACCGUGAGGCAGUUCACGGCCACUGAACUGGCCCCGGAGUCCGCGUACGUCUUCCGGCUGUCGGCCAAGACCAGGCAGGGCUGGGGGGAGCCGCUGGAGGCCACGGUCAUCACCACCGAGAAGAGAGAGCGGCCCGCGCCCCCCAGGGAGCUCCAGGUGCCCCAGGCCGACGUGACGGCGCGCAGCCUGUGUCUGCGGUGGGUGCCGGGCGGCGACGGCGCCUCCCCGAUCCGGUACUUCACGGUGCAGCUGCGCGAGCUCCCCGGGGGCCAGUGGCAGACCUACUCCUCGUCCGUCAGCCACGAGGCCGCGGCCUAUGUCGUCGACAGGCUGAGGCCCUUCACCUCCUACAAGCUGCGUCUGAAGGCCACCAACGACAUUGGGGACAGCGACUUCAGCGCCGAGACGGAGGCAGUCACCACGCUGCAGGAUGUCCCCGGGGAGCCCCCACGCUCCGUGUCUGUGACGCCACACACCACCUCGUCUGUUCUGAUCCAGUGGCAGCCCCCAAGGGACGAGAGCCUGAACGGCCUCCUGCAGGGCUACCGGAUCUACUACCGCGAGCUGGAGUACGAGGCGGCCCCCGUCACCGAGUCCAAGACGCUCAAGACGCCCUCGGCCCUGCGGGCCGAGCUCACAGCCCAGAGCAGCUUCAAGACCAUCAACAGCAGCUCCACGGAGACGACCUACGAGUUAACACAUCUGAAGAAAUACCGGCGCUAUGAAGUGGUCCUGACGGCCUACAAUGUCAUCGGUGAGGGCCCGGCCAGCGCGCCCGUGGAGGUCUUCGUUGGCGAGGCCGCCCCCGCCCAGGCCCCGCAGCGCGUGCAGGUGAACCCGCUCACGGCCAGCCAGCUGGAGGUCGCGUGGGAGCCGCCGCCGCCUGAGAGCCAGAACGGGAACAUCCAGGGCUACAAGAUCUACUACUGGGAGGCGGACAGCCAGAAUGACACGGAGAAGAUGCGGGUGCUGUUCCUGCCCGAGACCACGGCCAAACUGAAGAACCUCACCAGCCAUACCAAGUACCUGGUCAGCAUCUCGGCCUUCAACGCCGCCGGCGACGGGCCCAGGAGCGCGCCCCAGCCGGGUUGCACCCACCAGGCAGCUCCCGGGACCCCCAGCUUUUUGACGUUCUCGGAAAUAACCUCCACCACGCUGAAUGUCUCGUGGGGUGAGCCCGCAGCGGCCAACGGCGUCCUGCAGGGCUACCGCGUGGUGUACGAGCCGCUCGCGCCCGUCCAAGGGGUCAGCAAGGUGGUGACGGUGGACGUGAAGGGGAACUGGCCGCGCUGGCUGAAGGUGCGGGACCUCACCAAGGGCGUCACCUACUUCUUCCGUGUGCAGGCGCGGACCAUCGCCUACGGGCCCGAGCUGCAGGCCAACGUCACGGCCGGGCCGGCCGAGGGGUCCCCGGGCUCCCCUCGAGAUGUCUCGGUCACCAAAUCCACCUCUGAGCUGACCCUGCAGUGGACGGAGGGCAGGCCUGGCAAGACACCCACCACGGGCUACGUCAUCGAGGCCAGACCCUCAGAUGAAGGCCUGUGGGACAUGUUUGCCAAGGACAUUCCGCGGGGCGCCACGUCCUACACCGUCAGCCUGGACCAGCUCAGACAAGGAGUGACCUACGAGUUCCGGGUGGUGGCCGUGAACCAGGCGGGCUACGGGGAGCCCAGCAGCCCCUCCGCCACUGUGUCAGCUCAGGUGGAGACGCCGUUCUACGAGCAGUGGUGGUUCCUCCUGGUGAUGGCGCUCUCCAGUCUGCUGGUCAUCCUGCUGGUGGUGUUCUCGCUGCUGCUGCACGGCCAGAGCAAGAAGUACCGCAACUGCGGCACAGGUAAGAGCAUCUCCAACAUGGAGGAGUCCGUGACCCUGGACAACGGGGGGUUUGCCGCCUUGGAGCUCAAUAGCCGCCACCUCAACGUCAAGAACACCUUCUCGAAGAAGAACGGGACCAGGUCCCCGCCCCGGCCGAGCCCCGGCGGGCUGCACUACUCCGACGAGGACCUCUGCAACAAGUACAACGGCGCGGCGCUGACCGAGAGCGGGGCCCUCCAGGAGAAGCCGGGCGACGCCACGGAGUCCGAGGUCACGGACUCGGAGUCCGAGGACGCGCCGCCCCAGCACUCGUUCGUCAACCACUACCUGAGCGACCCCACCUACUACAACUCGUGGAAGCGGCGCGCGGGCGCGGCCCCGCACAGGUACGAGGCGGUGGCGGGGGCGGAGGCCGGGCCGGCCCCGCGCGCGGUCGUCACCACGCAGAGCGCCGUGUUCGCGCCCGCGGCCCGCGGCGCCCGGACUCCGCUCACCGGCUUCUCGUCCUUCGUGUGAGCUGAGCGGCGGCCCCGGCACGGCCGUGUCGAGACAGUCACCCCCGGAACUGGGCUCGAGCUGGGUUGAGAGGAUCUGACGCUGAUGGUUGAUUUCACCCCCUUGUGAACACGAUUUCAAUUAGGAACGUUUUUUUUUACUGGCUUUUUGUAACAUCGCUGCAGGAAGCAGGUUUCUUUGUUUUUCUUUUCUUUUUACGAGAAGGUGUGUUUCGCCGGGUGCAAGAGCUGGACACCCCGACCUGGGAAGGCCUGAGCCCUGGGGGCCUGGCUUCUCCAUCGUGCGGCCUGGGAAGGCUGGGGAGAGGGGGACGAGGGUCCUCCAGGCCUCUCCCCUCUCUGCUCUACCUCCUGCCUGAGAACCAGCGCCCGCCGGGGUCUCCUGGCACUAGGAGCAGGUGUCUGACCUGGGCCCGGAGCCUCCCGAGCUUGUGCGUCCGUCUCUGAAAUGUCCUCACUGGGCAGUUUUAGGCGAGGAGCCGGCUUCACAGUUCCUGGUGGCAGGGCGACAGAGGCCAAGGUUCAUUCCAGGGGUGAAAUACUCGGGUCUUUCCGCCUCGGUCCUUUCUUUCAACCCCCAUCGUCCAGCAGCGGAAGCGUCCCAGCUGGGAGCCACCUCCCGCCCCGCCCCGAGCUCCCUCCUCCAGAGCACACGGCACAGGCCCGCCCCAAGGAGACAGCGGCCGCGGAAUCGGUCGUCGUGUAAGAGGUGUGCAUUGUUAACCAGAGUAUUUUUUAAAUCUUUUUAUCUUUUUUUAAAAUAUGUCACAUGAAAUGAAUGAGUCUCAGCUGUCUGCAGGUGCCUUUCUAUUCAUUGUUUAGCUUUGUCCGCGGGAAAGACAAAGAGCCACUGUGUCUCCGAGUAAAGCAGAAGGGCUCUGAGAAGACGGGGUCCCCGGUCCCCCCCCCCCCCCACCCUACCCUGUGCCCCCCAGGCCCUUCCGCGGGCGUGGCCGCAUCCUUCCUUGGCGCAGCGCUGUGGUCCCAUCCCCCGACCCCAGGCCAGCUCUCUCAGCCUUAAGGGGUUUUCUGGAAACCUUUUUUCCCUUUAAUUGUUACCGUUUUGUUUUCGUUUCUUUUUAGCUAAAUGGAAGUAGCAUGAGCUGCUCUGAAAAUGAGUCCAAACGGUAGCUCCGCCUCCAGUGCCUCACAUCACCUUGGUGAAAGGUGUGGGAGGUGCAGGUGGUCGAGCCCCCAGCCCUGGUCCCAGUCUAGAGUUUUCCAGGGUGUGUCCGCAGGGCCUGUGGGAGGGCCCCGCAUCUGGCCUGGUCAGCGGGGGCCUGUCCACACCCGCAGCAUAGGAGAGCAGGGCUGGUCUGUCCUCCUGCGUGGCCGGCCUGUCCCCGAGCCAGCGCCUGGCCAGCGCCAGCAGGGAGCCCGUCUCGGGCCCGGCCUCGGGUCUUGGGGUCUGUGGGGUCUCCUUCCCUCUUCCCGCCUCCUCAGGGCAGAGGGCCAUCUUGACCCUCUGCUUUCAGAGUUGCUGGGUGUGACCCCAGGAGACCAAGAAAAGUUUGUGUUGUGUGAGAAGAGAAAAAAAAAACCUUUUCUGUUUUAGAGUUUUGUGUUGGGUAAAAAACCCCUUUCCAGUUUCUCCUAAAGUAGAGGUAGGAGGUGUGGAAAGGUUCCUUUCUCUCCCCCCUCCCCCUCCCUCCAUCCCUCUUUUCCUUCCUUCCUUCUCUGAGUGGAGGGGAAAUGUUCUAAACCAAAAAUCCUGGAUGCUCCGCCCAAAGCCUCCCCUGCAAAGACUCACCCCCCAGCUCCCUGGACAGGCCGGCCUCUGUCCUCUCGGGCCCCAGACGGGGAGUGGACAGGAAGCCGUGAGGCUGCACCUCGAAUUUCUCGGGAGACAAGCGGUGGACAGAGAACAUGGACACACUCUGCCUUUGCACUCUGCUCCCUAAGCCAUACGGAGCCUUGCUUUAGGGCGGGAGAGUGCCGGAAUGUCCCGGCACCAGGACAGUUCGGUGUGAGGUGUGUGCCCUGCUCUGGGGUUUCUGCGACAGCAGCACCUUUUCCCCAGGCCCGCUAUGCUUCCUUCUUCUCUCUGCUCGGAGCCAGCUUCUUUGGGAUGGAACCGUAUGUCCGAGGCCGCAGCUCACGGCUGCCACGGCAUUGGCACGUGUGCCUGGCCCGGUGGCCCCGGGGCUCUGGGCCAUGGGAGCCGCUGGACCCAAGGGAGAGCUGGGUGUUUCUGGUUAGAUUUCAGCUUCCAGACAGUGUGACAUUGAGAAGCGUGGGUUCCUAACCUCUCCUCUUGAGGGAGGAAAAAAAAAAAUCGCAUGAUAGGGAAAUGGAUGUUGGAUUUUAAUCUUGGUUCUGAACCCAGGACGGGCACCAUUUCUCUAACGGAGGCAGGAGGCAUGUCCUCUCCUGCCUGUUCCCGCAGUGAUGCCCUGCAGGUGUCGGGCACUCGGCCUCGAGGGGGACCCUAUCCAAGGCCUGGCAAUGGGCAGGCGGGCUGCCCUUUCCCGUGAGGACCACAGCCGCACUCUCUGCCUGAGCAGCAGAGAUGGGUUUGCCCAGGGCCCCCGUCCCCUCCGCAGACUCCGGUUUCCCCACCGCCCGGGGCUCCCAGGCAUAGGUUUCCAGGCUGCUGAGCAGCAGGGCGGGGCCGUGGACAGUCCCCGCACCCCGCGGCUGUGGAGCACAUCUCCUGGAUCUCCUGCACCUCCUCCCUCUGAAUAAGUCAGCCCAACGUGAGGCCUCCCCAUCCCCGGCCACGCUUUUAAGGAGCCCUCGGUACAUGCUGUCGUGGAGGAACAUGAGCCGUGGGGCAGCGUCGGGGGAGACCGUGGGGGGGGGGGGGUGCGCGCUCCGCAAAGCCCUGGUGACGCUGCCCUUGCCCUUGAUGCGACCGGACCGCCGCAUGGUGUUUGCAUAAUGGUUCUAAUGGUUCAUAGCAUGGUUUUCGGUUUUUACAAAUUCCUGGCACACAGCGUAGUUCUUCUCCCAGCGAGUCGUCAGUCUGCGUAUCCAGACACGGCUCUCUGGCUCAGCAUCUCUGCCGCGUGGAUCGUCCGAGAGGUGGGAUCUGGUGGCGGGAAACCCUGGGACUGAGCCGGUCGCCUCGUUCCCUGUCAGCCGCACCUGCCGGUUUAUCGGGGGCUUGGGUCAAUCCUGAACUUUUCCCGGCCACAUUUUCUGGAAUUGUGCAGAAAACUAGAUCUCCUUUAAAAACAAAAACACUUGUAGGAAGACAGAGAGGUGCUAUGGGUACGAUUUUUAAUAAAAGCGUCAUUUUGUUCCUUG